UAUAUAAAGAAAUCUGUGGUGAAAAGUUGUAUCAAAGCAGCAGUUUUUUAGAGGAACUUUGUGGUCUUAUUAGCAAAGCAACAAGUGGAAUCUAUUUUGCAGAGAAAAUAUGUUGGACUAUGAAGUGACCGUAUUCACUGCCAACCGCGCCACUGCUUCAACCUUUAACAACGUGUUCAUCAAACUGAUUGGCUCAAGUGGAGAGAGUGAACGCAAGUGGCUCUGGAACUUCAAGGGAGCUUCAGCAUUUGUCAGAGGAGCCGUGGCAUGUUUUAAAGUUUCCUGUUGCACCUCCCUGGGAAAACUGGUUCUGAUAGAGCUUGACAAGCAGCCUCUUUUGCUGUUCCCAGAAGAUUCAUGGUUCCCAGCAAAAGUAGAAAUCAAAUCCCCAGAGGGAGCUUGUUACACCUUCCCCAUCUACCGCUGGAUUAAUGACAACAAGGUGCACCGCUUUAGAGAGGGAACAGCUCUGAAAGGGUUUGAAGAUAAACAUCAUCUUGGCAGGAACAGCAGGGAGCAGGAGCUCAAGGAGCGUCAGGAGGACUAUUGCUGGGAUGUGUAUUUGGAGGGAAUUCCUCACUGCUUGAAGGCAGAUGACCCGCUCUCUCUCCCUUAUGAGGUCAGAUUUUCCUUCACCAAGCAGACAGAGUUUCUUUUCACAGCAAAGGCAGGACUGACAGAGCUGAAACUGAAGGGACUGGCAGAAUGUAAAAUGGGAUGGACGGACCUCGAUGCAAUCAACAGGGUGUUCUGUUGCAAACAGACUGACAUGUCAGACUAUGUCCAGCAACACUGGAAGGAUGACGACUUUUUUGGCUACCAGUUUUUGAAUGGGGUCAAUCCCAUGUUGAUAAGACGCUGCACCGUCUUACCAGACAACUUCCCUGUUACUGACAACAUGGUAUUCCCUGAUUCUCAGUUCAGCUUGGCCGAAGAAAUGGAGAAAGGCAACAUAUUCCUUUGUGACUACAAGCAAAUGGAUGGAGUGAAAGCUAGCACUAUCAAUGACAAGCAGCAGUACCUGAUGGCUCCACUUGUUUUGCUCCAUAAAACUCCAGAUGAUAAACUCAUGCCUAUCGCUAUUCAGCUGAAGCAGAAACCAGCAGAAGACAACCCAAUUUUCCUGCCAUCAGAUUCUGAGUACGACUGGUUGCUGGCAAAGAUUUUUGUGAGAAGUGCAGAUUUCAAUGAGCAUCAGCUAAAUGUUCACCUGCUGCGUACUCACCUGCUAGCCGAGGUGUUUGCAGUGUCACUGUUGCGCAACGUGCCCAUGGUUCACCCUCUCUACAAGCUUCUCAUACCUCACACCCGCUACACUCUACAGAUCAACUCCUUAGCUCGGAAAACCCUAAUAUCUGAGGAGGGUGUUUUCACCAAAUUUUCAGCUUCUGGUGGCGAUGGUAUGAUCACUAUUCUAAGGAGAUCUCUGACCUCAGUGACAUACAGCUCCCUCUGUGUGCCUGAAGACAUUGCUGAGCGUGGGCUAAAGGACAUACCAAACUUCUACUACAGAGAUGAUGGACUCAGACUGUGGAAUAUUAUCAACAGAUUUGUAUGCGGUGUCCUAAGCCACUACUACAAGAGCGAUCAUGAAGUUAAGCAAGACUCUGAGCUACAACAAUGGAUUUUGGACAUUUUUGAACAUGGAUUCCUUUCUCAUCCUUGCAGAGGAAUUCCUCAGAAACUAAAUACAGUGGAUGAACUCAUCAAGUUUGUCACCAUGGUGAUCUUCACUGGCUCAGCCCAGCAUGCUGCAGUGAACACUGGGCAGUAUGACUAUGGCGGUUGGAUGCCAAACACUCCAAUCUCCCUUAAACUUCCGCCACCAACCAAAAAAGGGGAAGCAACUGAGGAAACAAUGCUGAAGACGCUGCCGGACGUCAACGUGACAGUUCAGGGCAUGGCCACCAUGUGGCUGCUCAGCCAGCAGUCAAGUGAUUUUGUACCUCUAGGCCAGUACCCAGAGGAGCAUUUCAGUGAGGAGACUCCAAGGCAGAUGAUAAAGAAGUUUCAAAAGGAGCUGAAGGAGUUAAGUGCUGCCAUCAAACAGAGAAACAAGGAGCUAAAAGUGCCGUACACUUACAUGGAUCCAGAGGAGGUAGAAAAUAGUGUGGCUAUUUAACAAAAGGAAAACAGUUUUUCUCUAAGCCUUCUUAUAGAGGCACACAGUGGCUUUACUGCAAGGAUCUUUAAUAUGCAUUAUGACGACUUUCCAUUGGUACGUUAGGGAAAAAAAUGACUUUUCAUUAUUUCAUUAUUUUUAUUUUUGGUUAAAAUUAACAUUUUUCAAAGUAGAUAUUAAGUGAAAUAUUAUCAUCUGGAAUGUAUAAAUAUGAAACAUAUAUCACUGUUUAGAUUGUUUUUCUUUGCUGUUUAAAAGGACCAGCUGCCCGAAAGCAUUUGACACUGUAUUUUGAGACAUGGCAUGCAUUAGGAAAUUUUCCAUAGAAAACUUACCUUCAUGGCUUAUAUUUUUGUAUUGUGUGAAUAGAUGAAUAUAGCAUUCUAUCAGAAAAAAAACAAACAAACUUUUUGUUUCACAUUCACUCAAAAGAAUUUAUGUGUGUAAUAGAAUGAUUGCUGUACAAAUAAAAAUGUUAAUCAGAAAACAUUCUUGUGUAUUUCAAAUAUUUUACACGUCAGAGAGUAACGUGGAGCAGAGGUCACAUUUCUUGAUUUUUCUACAAGGUUUAUGUAUAAAGGGUAUUCCGAUUCAGAGCCAGAGCUGUUCCAAACAGUAGGCAAGGUUGAAAAGGAUGGUGCAGUUUGAUAGCUAUGAUAGUGGACAACGUUACAGCAAAAUGAACAAAACAAAAUUGGUACAGAGAAUAUUAAAAUUACCUUUCACUCUACACUUCCCCCAUGGCACUUCUGAACAAGCCAAGUGCAAUGACCAUAUUAAACACUGAGGGCAAUGAAAUGACUGGCAAAGUUCUGGUGAAUGUGAAAACAGUGCAGACAGCUAAACUUUAAAAAAAAGAACAAAUUUUAUCCUGGAAAGGAAGGUGUGGAUGCUGUUCCUGUACUUCAGCUUUCAACACCAUCAUCCCACAGCAUCUGAUAGAAAAACUGGAACAGCUGGGCUUCAAUACGCCCCUCUGCAAUUGGCUGUUAGACUUCCUCACAACCACACCUCAAGCAAUCCAGUCACACCACCUCACUGGUCAAAAUGGCACAGAAGAGCAUGACUUCCCACAGAGGAUGAGGAGAGCCCACCUGCCCCCACCCAUCCUCACCACCUUCUACAGAAGCACCAUAGAGAGCGUUCUGACCAGCUGUCUCACUGUGUGGUGUGGAGGCUGCAGCGCCUUAGACUUCAAUGAUCUUCAAUGAUCCCUCACACCCCCACCAUGGAGUGUUCUCCCUACUGCCCUCUGGAAAGAGGCUUCACAGCAUUCGAUGCAGGCCCAGCAGACUCUGAAACAGCUUUUUCCCCACCACCAUCAGACUGCUGAACUAUUGAAAAAAACUCUAAAUCAUGUCACAGAAUCUGCAUCUAACUGACAACACCAACACUGAAUAAUUGCACUAUAUAUUUAAUACUUUAAACUUCCUUAUCAAUGCAUCUCUUUGCACUGUUUUUUUUUUCUCCGACACUGUUUACAUUUGAUCACUGUUGCACUUUAAGACAUGGAAAUGUCAUUGGAGCUGUGCAAAAUGGCUCUAAUGACAUCUCAUUUUGUAUACCCUCUGUUUAUACAAAAUGACAAUAAAAGUUGUCUAAGAAAUUGUGGUAAAUUAGAAUGUUACCUGAUCAAUGUAGAAUGUACACUGGAAAUACCGAAACCACCAGGCACUAACAACCAAAACACUACUCAGUUAGCUUAAAUCCUGUUACAUGAGAUUCAUGCAAACAAAGCAACCCAAAUCCUUUUAAGGCUGUAACAAUUAUUACCGGCCAGGCAUACACUGUACAAUAUUUUCAGUCGUACAGAUUUUACAACGAAACCACAGGGUUUAAAAGUUCACAGCUCAAGAUGCACGUUUUUCC